AUGUUCUUCAUACUCUUUCUUGCGGCGUGCAUAAAUGGUGCUUUAUCUGAAAAUCCAACACACGGCGCAAGUGCUUCGAGUUUGGAACACAUAUUGUUUGCGAACAAUGACUAUGAGACUGGAAAUCCCAGAAUGGGGCUAAAUGAACUCAAAACCGUAGAGCCAAAGAAACAAAGAGGAAGUUCCACAACACUGUGGUUGGAAGGAGUGAAUUUUUAUUUCGACAGCAGAUUCACAAACAAAAUGAGGUAUCGGUUUUGGAUGGCAGUAAAAGCCUGGGAGAAGGACACGUGCAUUAAGUUCUCACGGAGUAGAUAUGCAAAAGACAGGAUACAUGUGUUAGAAACCAAACAAGGCUGCUCGUCCUCUGUAGGCAGAAAGGGAGGAGUACAAACUAUAACUAUUGACCGGAAGUGCGCCCACUUUGGGGGUUUUGCUCACGAAAUUGGGCACGCAUUGGGCUUCCAGCAUACCCAUCGCAGAAAUGAUCGUGACAGUUACAUCGCUAUAAACUGGGAGAAUGUCAUGGAGCAAUUCAAGGAUCGUUAUCAAGAUAUGUCAACGAGCGCGGAUAAGGACACAUAUAUAAAACAGUAUAAAGGGCAAUUCGAAAAGUUGCCUGCAAAUGAAAGCCUUGACAUCGGAUCUCCUUAUGACUACGGAAGUAUCAUGCAUUACCCUUCCCCAUCCAAGAACCCAACAAUGAUUCCAACGGACAUCAGAUACCAGAGGACUAUGGGUUCACCUUUCAUAUCGUUCUUUGAUCUGUACACGAUAAAUGAGCUUUACAAUUGUACAGAAAAGUGUAGAUCGGAGGCGUCGGCGAAAUGUGCUGUAGGAGGAUUUCCCCAUCCGCGUAACUGCAGCAAAUGCAUAUGUCCCAGUGGCUAUGGAGGCGAUCUUUGUGAAGAUAAGCCUGGCAAAUGCGGUAGUAUACUGGAUGCAUCCAAAGACUGGCAAGAAUUCCACCACGUACAAAAAGGAAAAGAAGAGCUUGAGAACGGAUAUCACAUGUGCACAUAUUGGAUCAAGGCUCCCAGUGAAAAAGUGAUCGAGAUCAGUGUUAACCAAAUCGACGCGACGUCUUCGGAAGGUUGCGUUAAAGCUGGAGUAGAAAUCAAGGCUAAUCAAGACCAACGAUAUACUGGUUACAGGUUCUGUGAUGGAGAGGACAGAGGAACAAACCUUAGAUCACAUACGAAUCUCGUUCCCAUAAUCUACUACGAUUCCGAAUAUUCAUUUAUUGUUACAUCGCUAAAGUAUCGCUACGUUGACGCAGAACAAAAAUCUGUCUGGGAUCGCUUUAAACAAUGGGUUAAAAACAUUUUCAGGAGGGGAAAACAUUAG